GCUAAAGGUAGUACAGGACAGUUGUCAAGAACCCGAUGGAUCAUCAUCAUAUGUAGCGACGCCACAGCUGAUCUCAAUUUAUUAACUUAGCCGUGAUAUGAAUUAUCGUGGCAGAAACGAAAUAAACGAUGGAAAUCAUACUUCUGAAAAAUGCAGGAUGGCCAGGCAGUGGCUGCACCCACUAGCUACUGAGAAUCGAAGAAGCUCCUGCGGUAUCUUCGUCUUCCCUGCCACACUGCUGCAUCUGCCCGCUAGCCUGGGUGCUUAGAAGACUUUGCAGGUGAGACUACUCAGGUGGUCGUAGAAGUGUCGACAGCCUGCGAAAAUCCACGAAGAUCCAACCACGUUCGUUGUUUUCGUCUUUUUCUCUCAGCAACGCGUAAGAGGAGACACUACAACUUGGCCAGCUAUGGCGACUGUUGCAGGUAUUGUCACACUUGAUGAUCAAUUGCUUGCCUGUAUGGAGCGGCCCAUGUUGUCAUGCAAAAAGAACUGUAUGAAGAUGAACAAGCCUUAUAGUUAUAUAUACGAAGCCCAUUCUUGAUUUGUCCGACACCCAAUUUGAAUUUUCUUGUUCAGGCACUACGUGUCGAGUUUUUAGUCCUCUGCGUUUUUACUCUAGUUAGAAAGAUUCACAGUAGAAAUUAGUUUUUUUUAGUUGUACGCACGCAUUUAUUUCGCUUGUAUACCUCAUUCUGAUGGCGUUGUCACCUCGCUCAAAGCAACGAGGGCUUUGCUCCGCCCGGAUGAAGAGGCGUACAAAUUGUCAAACAAAUAUUUAUUCGCCAUCUGUACUGAUCUGUUUUUUUUGAUACAGUUCUACCCUCGCGUUGGUCCUCGCCGACGCAUACUAAGAUAGUUCUGCUGUACCCAUCUCUAGUACUUGUACCCGCAUUUAUUUUGCGGCAGACAAGAUGACAGUCCUCUCCCCGGAAAUCUACCUAGACAGCGACAACGACCUUGUUCUCCCCUACAACAAUAGCGACAAAAACAACAACAACCCAGCGCAACAACCACAACCCGGCGCGGCUUCCAAAGCCCCGAGAGGUCUCCAGAAGGUGAAGCCGAAAGAGGGCGCGCCGAAGGAUGACUUAUCAACUGCAAACAUGUCUGGGUCUGGAAGAAUGGAACUUGUGAUGCUGUCUUUGGAUUCUGAAAAAAUUUGUAUUGCAUGACCAGCAACAGCAGUCCACUUUGUGCUACUUACACAGAGAGGGCGUUUCCCAUGCGGAAAAGGCAUCAGAAAGGGUUCUAAAAAUCUGAGAUGGUAGGGCAUGCAUCACAGACAAUCGUGGGUCGUGCCAAAUAUGCAUGACAAACCUGGCAAUCAAUCUUCCAGACCCAGACAUAUUUGCAUUUGAUAUGACUGGCAGAAGUACCAGAAGCUGUCUCUGCACGAGCACAUUUUACUCCGGGGCGACAGUUAUCAAAUGCAAAUAUUCCUGGAUGUCUGGAAGAUUGCGAGACUUGUCAUGCCAGUCUGGCAUGUCUCUGCACUCUGUAUUGCGUGGCCACCAAGAGGUCCUGCUCUUGCCUGUCAUGCAAAAGCGCAGUUCCUCAUGCGGAAUGCGCUUCACAGAAUCACGAAAAAACUUGUCAUGCUUGGCGGCGCCGCAUUACAGAGCACUUAUUGUUCACGGAGUUGCGUCACAAGUUUCCAGAUCCAGACAUAUUUGCAUUUGAUAACAGUUACGUCGGGAGUUGCGAGCCGGAAGAUGGGGACUUCUGGGUCGUUUCGGAAACCGACGCGACCAAGAUGGAGAAGCGAACGCUGAAGUACGCCCCGGGUCUGUUUUAUCAAAUGCAAAUAUGCCUGGGUCUGGAAGACAGGAGUAACUUGUGAUGCUAAGUCUACACCCUGUGAAAAUCUGUGUUGCAUGACUGCCAACAGUUGUCCACUUUUGACCAAGUUGCGAGGGAGUUUCUCAUGCAGGACAGGCAUGAUAGAGAUCUCACAGAAUCUGUCGCGCCAGGUCCUGCAUUUCAGACCUCAUGGGUCAUGGAAAAUCUGCAUGACAAGCUUCCACGCUUCCAGACCCAGACAUAUUUGCAUUUGAUAUGUUCAAGAUCUUCGACGAGAUUCUGGUCAACGCCGCGGAUAACUUGCAGCGGGAUGAUAGUAUGAGCACUAUCCGGGUAAAGAUCUCUUCCCAAGAGAUCUCCGUCGAGAACGACGGUCAGGUAUCAAAGUGAAAAAUCCCCCCUCCCCAUAUUGAAGCGGAAACUUCUGUUGCUGGAUUUGGGUACACAAAUCAGCCCUGUCUUGCAGUGAGGCACUACACCAGGCAAAGCCGCAGCCUGCGUGGGGGUGUUUUGCUGUAGGCGCUUAGCAUAACAGAGGCCUGCCAUGUAGGUGAAACAGCAUUACAAAGCGCCUCCAUAAGGCGGCGGAUUCUCUGGGGUUGCCUUCUUGCAAGAGAGACAGGAUUUGUGGUCACAAAUCAGCAUCACAAACGUAACGUUUCAAUAUUUAUGGUGAGGGAGGAUUUUUCUUCGCAAUAUCAGGGGGUGAGGAUAGCUCCGCACCAGAAGGAAACCGAAAAAACUGCCGACGGGAAGCACGAACAAAAAAUCAUGAUCCCAACGAUGAUUUUCGGUUCCUUGCUAUGCAGUGCAAAAGUAUCGUACUCGUAUAAAAUGCAUUACAAAUUUCCGCAGCAUGAGAAAUUAAAUUUGUAAUGCGGACGAUUUACCUUGUAAUACAAUACGAGUGCGAUACUUUUGCACAGGAUACUUGCUCGCCGGUGACAACUUCAACGACAACAAGAAGCGGUGCGCGGGGGGACGGAACGGAUACGGGGCGAAGCUAGCGAACGUGUACUCGAUAUCCUCUGCAAAAACAUCACCACCCCAGAGUUUUCAUGCGGAUUUGCAAUUGUAGGAACAUUUGUAAUGCGCAUCCCCAUGAGAGGCAUUUCCAGUCGUGUUUCGGAAUUUCUGAUGCUGUAAACAGGAUAAGCAGAUGGCCCUGUGAUGCGGCUGCACUUUCCAGACUGCACUACAAUGCAGAGAGGAACUUGUCAUGCGUGACUCCCAAAGCUUCUGGAUUUGUGUUGCGAGAUCCCCAUGAUCUUGACUCCGGGGUGGGGACGUUUUUACACAGAAUACUCGACCAUGUUCCGAGUGGAAACGGUGGAUAAGAAGGGACAGGAUCGGCUCGGAAAACCGGUGAAAUACUUCUCCCAAGAGUGGACCCGGAACAUGUUUGAUAAACAGGAACCAAUCCUGUUGCCCGAAGUCCCGGAGGCGGCGUCAAAAAAUUCCGGGCUGAAGCAAUUCACCCGGGUGACGUUCCGGCCCGAUAUGAGUAAGUUCCAGUCUAAAGCGAAAAGUGCAAAUGCGAGUAACCCGUUGGAGUUGAAGAAGGAACAACUUCUUCUAGAGGACAACAAACAGCUCGAAAUGGACGCCGACAUCCUCGCCCUGAUGACGAGAAGAGUCUACGACUUGGCCGCCUGCACCCCACCGCACGUCGCGGUUUUUUUGAACGACAAGGAGUUGCCGAUUAGAACUUUCAAGGACUACGUCGGGAUGUUCGACGCGCAAUUUUAUGACAAUGCACAACUCUCUCUCUCCCUCAGCAUUUGUAUGGGAUGAACAGCAGUACAAACACCAGCACACGUAGAGCCUAUGCAUGCCAAAUUUGUGCACCUGAUCAUGUAGUACUGUUUGGGCUUGAGCUUGUUUCGCAUUUGUCAUGCAAACAGUGCCACAAGGCAGCGACUGGAUUUGGGAUUUUGCAUGACAACAUUGACAAAUGAGGGGGAGUGGGAGUUGUGCACUGUCAUAAAUUUUCCACCAGCACCAAAACACAACUCAGCAAUGUGAAGAAGGAAGAGGUGGAAAAAAUAGAUGAAAGCGGUGGAAUGAAUAACGCAAACAACAAAAUCAUCUCCGACGAAGAUGAUUCUCAAAAUAACUCUAGAGAAGAUUCUCUCUCCGAGCAGCACAAGAACCUGAUCAAGGCCACCAUUGUCGACCCAGAGGAGUGCGAUCACGAUCCAACCAAGGUUCGCCCCUCGAAAAGAUGGGAGGUGUACAUCGGGAUGAGUGAAAAAACGCAGUUUCAGCACGUUUCCUUUGCGAAUUGCAUCGCGACCACGAAGGGCGGAACCCACGUGUCGCACGUGGAAGCGCCGUUGGUGGAACGGAUUUGGGAGAAAGCUAGGGAUAGUUACGACGGGAAGUUUAAGAUCACGAGGCCGCACAUCAAAAACCACUUGUUUCUGUUCAUCAACGCGUAUGUGGAAAAUCCUACCUUUAACUCGCAAACGAAAGAAGACAUGACGAGCUUGCCGAAGGACUUCGGGUCGAAAUGUGUCUUGUCGGAAGAAACGGUCCAAGCGGUUUUGAACUGCGGGAUUGUAGACACGAUUGUGAAGUGGGCGAAUGCGAAGCAACAGGCGGAAUUGGCGAAAAGGUACAACUUCGAUACCAGUUGGACUUACCUAGUAGAGUGUUGUUCAUGCAAAUGAAAUGCAUUUCCACAAAUCGCCAACUGUGACCGUAAUCCAAUCGAAUUCUGCACACGAAAGAACCAUACAUAAAGAUGAAAAACCAUUACUUAAAUUUCUAUCAGGGCCAAGAUCUCCAGCAAGUCUUUAACGAAGCUGAUCAUCCCGAAGCUCGUAUGAAAUGUAAAAAUGUCUUGGUCUGGAAGACUGCAUGUUUGUCAUGCUUGUCUGGCAUGACUCUUAAAUCUGUCAUGCACGUUACCCAAGAGCUCCAUUUUUCUGUGAUCCAGAAACGCAGUUUGUCAUGCAGAAUAGGCAAGAACACCUAGAAGCUCAGAAACUUGCCAUGCUGAGCCAGCACUUGUGGCCUCAUCAUGAGACGCCACCCAGCAUCACAAGUUUCCAGACCCAGACAUUUUUACAUUUGAUAGCUCGAGGACGCGAACCAUGCGGGAACCGCCGCUGCAAUGGACUGCACGUUGAUAUGGCGUUCUCAAAUCGGUUACCUUCUUAACUGUUAGUACACGAUUUCUCUUCAUGCAAACUUACAACCAGAAUCGACGCGAUCAAGCUGCAUCGCAUGACAAAUGCUCGAAAAGGAGCGAAACAGGCUAAGAAUCUGCGCCAAGUCUGUCAUGCAAGACGCGCAAGGUCACCCAUUUCACUUUUGCCAUUCUUGCAUCACAAAUCCAUGUAACAGGUGAGAAUGUAACAGUUGAGAGCGCCAUAGUCGAUCCUAACAGAGGGAGAUUCCGCGAAAGCCACCGCAAUGGCGGGUCUCGGCGUGGUCGGCCGGGACUACUACGGUGUGUUCCCCCUCCGCGGAAAAGUCUUAAACGUCCGGAACGCGAACCCGGCGCAGGUGACGAACAACAAGGAAAUCGUGAAUUUGUGUAAAAUUCUCGGGCUGGAGAUCCCGUCCACCGCGUUAUCCGGGAAGAACUUGGCCUUGGAGGACAGGAUAAAGGAAGAGGAGCUCAUGGAGUCCCAAGUCGAGGUGCUGAAGAAAAAGAUGCGGUACGGCUCGGUCACCAUCAUGACGGAUCAGGAUUACGAUGGCUCGCACAUCAAGGGGCUGCUAUUGAAUUUACUGCAGUACUACUGGCCAAGUUUAAUUCGUCACGAGCCGCAGUUCGUUCGGGAAUUCGUGACGCCGAUCGUGAAAGUCACGAAAAAGAAGGAAACGAUCGUGUUUUUCACCGUAGCGGAGUACGAAGCUUGGAAGGAGAACACGCCGGCGGAGGAACGGAAAAGGUGGAAGGCCAAAUACUACAAAGGUACAGACGUUUCUUUUGACUGACUUUUUCAUGCGCUCAGAGUGUCGCUUCUUGUGGUUGUGCCUGUUAUGGACAGAAGCAGAACUGCAUGUUGACGAGUACUUACUAGUAGAGAAAAACUACAAAAAGGCUAAGCCACAAAAUCUUCUAUAUUUAUUAUCCCCCAGGUCUCGGAACCUCCACCGGAAAAGAAGCAAAGCAGUACUUCGAAAAGUUGGAUCGUCACUCCCUGGCUUUCAAGUACGAGAACGAUCAUGAUGACGACAAUCUCUCGAUGGCGUUCGACCAAAAACGCGCGGACGACCGGAAAGAAUGGAUCCGGAAUUUGAAUGCGGAUGAGUACAUCGAUCACAACGAAUCGGAACUCACGAUCACGGAAUUUAUCAAGAAGGAGCUCGUCUUCAUGGCCGAAUACGACGUGAUGCGGUCCAUUCCGAACGUGAUGGACGGGUUUAAGCCCACGCAGAGGAAAAUUCUCUACUGUGCCUUCAAGAAGAAACUGAAGAGCGACAUCAAGGUACAGUAUUUUUACCCGUACAGCAACUCCAACUCCUUUGGCGGCAUGCUUCAUUUUGUCGUGUUUUGUCAUGCACAAUCUCAAAGAGGUACGUUGCUUGUCAUGCUGCAAGGCGAGGACGACGAACAAAUCGAUCAGGUCGCGCAACUCGCGGGGUAUGUUUCCGAGAAGGCAGCUUACCAUCAUGGUGAAGUCUCCUUAGAAGGCGCGAUCGUCGGCAUGGCGCAGGACUUCGUCGGCUCGAAUAACGUGAAAUUACUCGUCCCCAGCGGGCAAUUCGGAACGCGAAUUGAAGGUGGAAAGGAUCACGCUGCGAGCAGGUACGGGAAAUCUGUAUUGGAAUUUCGAAACAGUAGUAAGUACUAUGCGUAGGUACUGAAGAAGCGACAAGAGGCACGUUGACAAAUCUAGAUCUGAGUAUAGAAUUUUCGCAUGAGAUGAAACUAGAACUAUUACAACAUCCAGAGAAACAAGUAAAGCACUCUCUGCUCGUAAUAUUCAAUCUUCAGGUACAUCUACACCCGGCUGAACAACCCCCUGACCCGCGCGAUUUUUCUAUGAAAUGUAAAAAUGUCUGGGUCUGGAAACUUGUAAUGCUGCGUUGGGAAUGGUGAAUGCUCUGUAAUGCACAGGCAAGCAUGAGAAAUAUCUGCGCUUCUUUGUGUUGCGUUUUUCGCAUGACAAACUGCGUUUUUGCAUGACAGGCAAAAGGGUCUCUUCUUGGACACGCAUCACAAACUUUCUGGUCAUGCCAGAAAAGCAUGACAAAUCUCAAAAUCUUCCAGACCCAGACAUUUUUGCAUUUGAUAUUUUCACCCCGAUGACGACAAAAUUCUCGAGUACAACCAGGAGGAGGGAAAGUAUCAAAUGCACAUACGUCUGGGUCUGGAAACUUGUGAUACUGGGUGGCGAUCAUGAUUGAACAUACUCCUGAGUGCGACCAAGCAUGACAAAUUUUGCGGAAACUUUCUCAUGCGUAGUGUGCAUGAGAAACUGCGCUUCUGCAUGACAAAGGAAGGCUCCUUUUCCUGGUCAUGCAAUACAGAUUUUACAGGAAUCCAAGUCACGCAAUACAGGUUCCACUCUUCCAGGCCCAGAAACUUUUGCAUUUGAUAGGAAGUGGAUUGAACCCAAACUUUUCUGCCCGGUCAUCCCGAUGGUGCUAGUCAACGGCGCGGAGGGUAUCGGGACCGGUUGGUCGACCUCCAUCCCGAAUUACGACCCCAGAGACGUGGUGGAGAACUGCCGCAUCUUCAUCAAGCGACACUUAUUGAACACGAAGCACAAACGAUCGAAAUCGAAGCAGCAGAGUGUCGUGGAAAACGAGAACGGGGACGUGAUAAUGGUGGAUGACGAUGAUGAUGAUAAGGAUGCUAUCCUAAGUAAAAACGUCUCCACCCCAUAGUCAAGUUGGGAACUUUGCAACACAAAUCCACCAGUUUUGCGACUCACGCAUGACAAACUUUCCCCUGUAUUGUAGAGCGGGUUAGCAAGGAAAGCUGCAUCACAAAUCCAUCUCUUGAUCUUGUUUACAGCAUUACAAAUGCCAAAACACGACCGAAAGUGCCUCUUAUGGGGUUGCGCAUGGCAAUUGUUUCUGUUAUUGCGAAUCUGCAUGACAACUCUGGGGUGGGGAGGGUUUUAAACAGGAUAGAUGCCGAGCAACAGAAUGCGAAUCUUCCGAAUUACAUCGAGAUGAAGCCGUGGUUCCGGAAUUUUCGCGGGGAAGUGCGGGGGAAGUCGGGCGCGAAGAAUUUCACUACGGAAGGGUGCGUGUCGGUCACAGUCCACGAAGAUGGAUCGAGCACGGUGGAGAUCACGGAACUUCCGAUCAGAGUGUGGUAUGCAUUGCAAAAGAAUCGUACAACUUUACUACGUGGUAAUUGCAUUUACAAAUUAGCCCAGCAUGACGACAAGUCAGUGGAAUUUGUCAUGCAGAUUCACCUUGGGAAGGGGGUUUGUAAUGCGUGACUGCGAUUACAUUUAAUUUACUACCAGUGCGAUACUUUUACAAUCCAUAUGUGGACGCAGGCUUACAAGGAGAAGUUGCUGAAAAUGAUCAGCGACGACAAGCAUGGAAUCCGGGAUUUUAGAGAGUAUCGAAAAAUGUCUGAAUUUUUGGUGAUGUAGUUUCCUGUCACGCAUAAUUAUAUUGGAGAAAAACUAUCUCUAUCGCGAUGAAGUUGAUUCGAAAAACCAUCGCGAGUGCCGCAGCCGAGCAUCCUUGGUUUCAGGGUUUUAGGAUUUAGGGUCUCUGCUCCCGACUUCGCUGUGCCGCAUCGAGCUGCACCACGGAGUAAGUAAGUAGUUGUUUCGCAAUGAAAAGACAAAUAAAAGCCUCGUCCUAAAUCACAGGCACCACACCGAUGUCACCGUCCACUUCUCCAUCGACUUGACCGAGCCGGGGCAAGUGCAGGCCGAGGCUGCGGGUUACAUGAAGUACUUCGGUCUGUCCUCCUCACUCGCUACCAGCAACAUGAUGGGUUUCAACAAGGAGCACAAGAUCUACAAGUACGACAGCCCCCUCGACAUCGUGAAGGAAUUCUGCGGAUUCCGGGUGGAAUUUUAUCAAAAACGGAAGAAAUACUUGCUCGACAAAUUAAAACAGUCCGAAUGCGAACUGGAAAACCAGCGCAGGUUCGUGUUAGCCGUGGUGAAACGGGAGCUGAUUGUCCGGAAGCGGAAAAUUGCGGACAUUUUACAAGACUUGCGAGCCAUGAACUUCGUGACAAAGUCGGUUUUGAACUCUAUGGCGGCGAGAUCCGAGCGGGAGGAGGAGGAAAACGCGGAAAAGGAUGAAGAAAACGAAGAUAACGACAACGACGGCGACAAUAACGACCCUGGUUCCGACGACGAGGCGAAUGAGGACGAUGAAAAUAAUCGGGCCAGUAACAACGCGGCAAACAAUGCGAGGAAAGAGUACGACUACUUGCUCGGCAUGCCGCUGUCCUCCCUGACCACCGAUAAGGUGAAGGAACUCGAGCAGACGUACAAGGGAAAAGUAGCGGAAAGGGAAAUCCUCGAGAAGAAAUCCGUCGCGGAUCUGUGGCUCGCGGAUUUGGACGAUAUGCAUUGCACAAAAUAUAUCUGGGUCUGGAAGAUUGCCAGAUUUGUCAUGCUUGUCUGACAUAGCUCGGAACUCUGUCAUGCGUAGGUGCAAAAAGAUCGCUUUGUCUGUGAUGCAAAAGCGCAGUCUGCCAUACGGAAUACGCUACACGUAGCAGGAGCCCAAAAACUUGUCAUGCUUGGCCACGUAUGACAGUGUGCCCAGUAUCUAUUCCCUGGCUUGCAUCACAAGUUUCCAGACCCAGACAUACUUGCAAUGCAUAGACGAGAUCAUGGUGCAAUUGGACGCCGAAGACGCUUUUUACGACGCGGAAUUGGCGGAAGCGCGGAAACAGCAAGAAAAGGCAAUGGGGUUCAAAAUCGGCGGUGCGGCUGGGGAUAAUAAAUCGAAGAUGGCCAAGAAAUUGAAGAAGAACAAAGAAGGAGGUGGAACAUUAAAUAAUGCAGGAGAUCAUGACGACAACAACGACGCUCCCGGUGAGGACAAGAAGCCGAAGGCGCCGAAGAUGAAAAGGAAAAUUAAGGAAGAAGGUGCGGAAGGUGCUGCAAACGACCAGGACCCGGACCUAGCUGGUGCUGGCCCCGCAUCCCAACUGGAUGAUCGAGCCGUUUCAGGAGAUCUUCAAGCCGCGGAAGACCCAGCUGCGGGUGGUGCUGUGGACAAGCCGCCGAAAAAGAGAAAAAUGAAGAAGGAAAGAUUACUGCCGGCGGAGGACGAGGAAAAUGAUGAGACGAACGAGGAAAUAAAUGCUGGUCCAUCUUCAAAGCCGCCUGUUGCUGUUCCUCCUCCUGCUGCUGCUGAUCAGGAUGUGAAAAUGGAAGUAGAUCCUCCUGCUCCGGCGACGUCAAAUGCGAUAAACUACGACGACGGCGUUCUGAGGAACGAAGACGGGACGGUGAAAUUGAACAAAAACGGCAAACCCGCCAUGAAACGCGGGCCAGCACCGAAGAACAAGCAGAUGAGAGAUAUCAAAUGUAAAAAUGUCUGGGUCUGGAUGUGGAAGAGUGCAUGUUUGUCGUGCUUGUCUGGCAUGACUCUCAAAUCUGUCACGCACGUUACCCAAGAGCGCCACUUUUCUGUCAUACAGAAACGCAGUUUGUCAUGCAGAAUAGGCAACACCUAGAAGCUCAGAAACUUGUCAUGCUGAGCCAGCAAUUGUGGCUUCCUCAUGAUACGCCACACAGCAUCAGAAGUUUCCAGACCCAGACAUAUUUGCAGUUGAUAAAAGAAGAUUCCAAGCAAGUAUCUGCCUCGGUCGAAGCGAGUCUAGAAGGGAGUAAGAAGCCAAGUAAAGAGGCAUCAAGUAAAGCUCCUACUUCUUCCCAGCAGGACAACAUAGAGCUGACGAAGAACGGUGUGCCGAAGAAGAAGCCAGGCCGGAAGCCGAAGCAGGAUCACAAUGUCGAAACGAGUAAAAAUGCAGAGGAGAAGACCUCUUCCAUCCAACCCUCGCCCGCAGCGGGAGGCGAGCAACAAGAAGCUGUUAAGAAAAAGCGCGGCCGGCCGUCGAAGGACGAGUUACUGGCCAAGACGAGGCAGGGGAGUAAGGAAAAAGAAAACAGUGGCGAGAACGAGGAAAAUCACCGAGCGAAAUCUUCAAAAUCCAGCAAGGCGCCGGUACAAAACGACGACGACGAAGAGGAUCACCCCCCGGCUAAGAAGCAGAAGGUAAAGAAGGAGAAGAAGAAACUGUCGAAGGAAGAAGUACCUGUAGUACUACCUCCUGGUAUGCAGAUGAAAGAGUACACGUACGAAGAUUACAAAAAGUUGGAAGACGAGGAAAACUCGCUGAAAGGGCAGCCCCGACAGACCCGGAUCACGAAAAAUCGACUGCAUGAAAUCGAGAAAGAGAAAAAGCGAAUCAUCUCCUCCGGCUGGAAAUUACCAGUUGCGGUUGUUUCAACGACUGCUGGUGGUGGUGGUGCAGCAGCUCCAGCAGCUGCGCUAGGCGCUGGUGGUCCUGCUGCUUCCUCUUCUUCUUCCUCCUCUGCGGCCAUUUCAAAUCCAAAUCCGGUGAUGCUUUUAAACCCGGACGUCCUCGGUGGCGGCGCACCUACAAUUUUUUCAACGUCUUCCGGUCCUGGUGCAGCAGCAGCCCCAGCCACUGAAGGCCCCGGACGAGCAGGUGUCGUGGGCAGUAGUGGUAGUUCCUCCUCGUCUUCCUCCGCCGCGGGAGGUGGACAACUACCACCACCGCCAGCUGCUUUUGUACCCGACGGGGGCGCAGCAAAGCCAGUGUCCAUCCCGAUGAAGAUUUUACGGAAGGAAGAUGGGAGGAAGAAGAAGGAUAUCAACUGCAAAAAUGUCUGGGUCUGGAAGAUUGGAACUUGUGAUGCUAACUCUGGACUUUAAAAAAAUCUGUAAUUGCAUGACCAGCAAUAGGAGCCCGGUUUGUGCUACGCGGGGAGGGCAUUUGUCAUGCGGGAUAGGCAUCAGGAAGACCUCUAGAAAUAUGUGAUGCCAGACCAUGCAUUACAAACGUCGUGGCUCAUGGAAAAUAUGCAUGACAAAUCUAGAAAUCUUCCAGACCCAGACAUUUUUACAUUUGAUAAAGGAAAACAAUAAACCUGCGGGCGGGCUGAACAUUCCCGGGAAGGGGGCGGUGCCAAAGCUAACCGGACCGAAGGCGAAAAAGAAGAAAAAUGAGGGCGGUGUGGCAGGCGGGGAUUUGUUGCAGGAAGGAGGGCGGGCUGGUGCUGGGCAGAUGAAAGAGGAAAAGCAGGAAGAUGGUGCCGGCAAUGAUAAACAGCCGGAACAAACUUCUUCGAGCAAGGAACCGGUGAAAGAGGAGGCUGCAGGUGAUCCGGCUCCGGAAGCGGCUGCGAAAGAAGAGUAAACAAGAGGGAAAAGAGAUAGAGGGGAGUAUGUACUAUUCUUUUAUUUUUUUCGGAAAAAAUCUUUACAGACGACGACGACGACUUUGAAUUUUACUCUUCAUUUGGGUCGUUUAACUGGUGGCGGUCCUGCUUACUUUUUAACGUGAAAGAUUUUUUGGGGAGGACUCUGUCUUUCAUGUCGAGCCUCAAGCCGGGAUAUGAAAGAGACAGAGAGACUCAGCAACAAGAUUUCGUUUCCAGGGAGAAGGCAAAAAGCUUUCAAGAGGUUCCACGUGACCAUCCACAACAAGCAAAAAACUGUUUUAAGUAUUUCACUGGUACAAACAAGAGUCAACUUUUUUGAUGAGUUUUUUUACGCUAAUAGUUACAAUGGUAAACAACGCAAGAGAGUGUAUGGGGAGCAGGAGAAAUAGUAACAUUCGAAAACUCCAUCUCCACCGGGAAAAAUAGGAUUACUUACCUAUAGUUUUUCAGACCAAAUUCAAUAAAUUUAGCACAACUCUUUAUUACAGCGACUUGAAAUUCAAAUUGCCGCACUGGUUAAGAGGAUAAAAUGCAUCUCUGGGGAAACUUUUUUGGGCCGAAUUGGAGGCCUGCAAUCGACAACUUCAAUUGCUUCAUUGCGCAGCAUGGAAAAUGAACUUGUUUAAAUUGCUGACGAAUGAAAUAACGAACGUGAUGAGGCCCCUUUAU